AUGGGCGAAGCAGUGAUUGAGGGAUCCAAGUGGCGCCUCGUCGAGGUUGGCCGUGUCGUUGUCAUCAACGGCGACCACCCCUACGCGGGCGGCCUGGCUACCAUUGUCGAGAUCAUCGACCACAAGCGAGUUCUCGUCGACGGCCCCUCCGCAGACGCCUCCCUAGCCGUCCCCCGGCAAGCCAUUUCCCUGUCCAAGUGCCUGCUGUCCCAGUUCGUCAUCGAGGGGUUGAUCCGCGGCUCGCGAAACGGCACCGUUAAGAAGGCUUGGGAGAAGGCCGAGAUCGACGCCAAGUGGAAGGAGAGCAAUUGGGCGAAGAAGCGUGACCAGAUUAAGCGACGGAAGAACCUGACGGACUUUGACCGUUUCAAGGUCAUGCGACUCAAGAAACAGCGACGAUUCGAGGAGCGCAAGGCUCUGGCCAAGGUCAAGGCCUCUGCAUGA